UGAAAAUAGCUUGGCUCAGUGUGUAGGCAGCGGAGAGACUGGAGAGGGUUGUGGUGGCAACGAUGACUGAAGACGCUCUGUUGUACCUGAUUGCAGUCCUGGGAAGUGUGGGGGUGCUGACAACAAUGAUCAGCAUGGCCAUGAUCUACAAGCUGCUGAAGGUCACACAGGUCACCAAAAGGUGUCCCUAUGGACCCCUCCCACCGGUCCCCACUGACCCACGAACCACGGGAAACAACCACCACCACCAGGAAGGUUGUCCACUUUACCAUGGAGUGGUGGCUUCAAAUCCCACUCAGUUCUACACUUUGCCCCGCAACAUGACUCGCGUCAUCUGUAGGGAGCCUGGCACCUCCAGCGGUGGCAAUGUGGUCUGUGCCAAUACCUGUAAGGAGUCGGAGCGUGACAGCCUGAACAGUAUGUACGCCGUUUUAGAUCUUUGAGUCGCGCUACACCUUGAUGUUCUCCACGUGAAAAGUUCCCACAAAUGAGGGAAAUCCCCGAUGGACACCUAAAAUAAUUAAAUAUAAAUCAAUCUUUAUUAUGUAAUUAUAUAAAAUAAAUCUUCGCGUGACAACUGCAUUAGAUUUCCCCCAGUACAACUCAUAAUUUUUUUUUUAAGAAUACCCGUACAGUAGUGAUGUUAUUAACAUGAUUUUCACAUAUGAGUCGCAGUGAAAUAUGUACCCCUUAUAAUCUUAUUAGCAGUCAAAUUAUCAAGUUUUUCAUGUAACUUAGUUUAAAUUCAGAAUAAAU